AGGCGCCCUGUGUCUGAAAAUGACCCCAAAACGCAUGUUAGGAGAUAUGAAUUCAUUUUAAAAGUCAUGAUUUUUUAAAUUAAUGAAUUUUUCGGCCUUUUUUGGCAUUUCCGGACAAAACUAACACAUUAUUGUAUGUAUAUUAAUAUACAUUAUAAUCAAUAUCUAUCCAAUAUUCUCCGUGAGUGCACGGAAGUUUGCUCCUGUUGGAAAACGCGUGACGUAUGACACGUAGUGCGUCAUAAUUACAUUUCGUGCCCAGGAACGGUUUAAACGUGUGUGUAAUUGGACGUGUCACUGCAAACGUUUUCAUUAAUUGAAAGUUCUUGUUAGUGCCGACAAAACUCUGUCAACUCGGUCAUUCCAUGUGUGCGUGUUACGUCAGUCCAGUCACCUGAACCUGAGAUGUGCUUACACUCCUGGGUGACACAGCUUGUGUGUGAAAAUGGAUCAGAUGUGGUCGGGUUGUGAUCCGAGGGACGUACGCUUCAAUUACCAGACCUUACCUCGCUUCGGGGAGCAAGGUCCGCCAGCCAUUGCUGGUCCUGAGAUGUUCAAUAUGCAGCAGCUAUACAUGAACAGUACUGCAGGAUACUACAACCACGGACAGCAGGUACCUUAUUGGUGGCCUGUGCAAAACUUUGUCCCGCCAGCAUCAGUCAGUUUUGCAGCAGCUCCCCCACAAAUGAUUGGGGGCACAACAAUGAUGAUGCCUGGGACCCCAAGUAUGGCUCCGAGUGUGUUCAUGAGAGAGGCCGAAGACGAGGUGGAGCAGCAAUACAUAAAGAAGCCGCCAAACGCCUUCAUGGUUUUUGCAAGGAAGCAUCGCAAAGCGCUCAUGGGAAAACUAGACAAGAAAGACAGCGCGUCUGUUAAUGUGAUCCUGGGGGAAAUGUGGAAUUCUCUGCCACAGCAAGACCAAGCCAAAUACUACGAGGAAGCCGACGUCGAGAGGCGACGACACGCACAGUUGUAUCCCAACUGGUCCAUGUGUGACAACUAUGGAAAAAAGAGGAAGAGGAUGAGAGGAAAUGCUGCCACCACAGUUUCAGAUCUUGAAGCUCCUCAGCCCACAAGGAUGUGCGUGGCUCCAGUCCAGACCGGCUUGAUGGGCCCUGAACGAUUCCCGACACAGGCCGACUCCCAGUCUGUCAGCAGCCUUGCAUGCUUACAACAGCCGAAAGCGAGCCUCUCGGCUUUUGUGCACAACUUCGUUCCUCCCGCUGCUCCCGCUUCAUCUGGGAUGGAGUUUUCCCAGUUCCUGAGUGGCACCAAUUACCUGCCGCCGCCCCACGACAAACUCCAACGGCCACUGGCGGUCAGCUCGUCUGAGCCUCAGGGCUUAGAGGAAGAGCUCCACGUAAUACUGGAGAGAUUUGAAGAAGAAUCCUCGACCGCACAGACAGAAGAGUCCGUCGCAGCUUUGAAUUUAGAGGAAGAGCUUCAAAGUUUACUGGAACGUUUUCAGAACAAGCCGACAACUCCACAGUUUGGCACGGACAGGCUUCACUGCGUCUUCGAGGGCUUAGGAAUCACGACCACCGACACCGGACAAUGUUGAGUCAAGGGGUAAAAUGGUUGUUUUGGAAAUGAUAAGUGUUUACAACAUGUUUUUGUUUAGUUUUUUUAAUUCACCUGGACAAUGAUACGCUCAAGCACUUUAUUUUGUAAUGACAUGACUUUAUUUUGGGAAUAUCUGGACUUCGGACUUCAAGCCUGUGCAGAGCAGUCCUGGCUGCUUCUGAACAUAUUUAAUCAUCUCAUCCCCACCAUUCAUGCCUGCUGCAUUAGACCUGUGCCGAUCAGGCUGCAAUGACACCACACGGUUCAAGAGACACAGUACCCAAACACACGGCAUCGCGUGUCAUAUUGAUCCGUUCAAAGUUGUCACCACUUAGUGGUUGCGGGCAUGUGCACAAGCAGGUUGAAUGUGAUGUCAGAUAAGGGUCCACUGAAACGUAUGACCCUUCCAUAGACUGUAUACACUAAAUUGGAACUGGGUUGAAUCCAGCCUUUGACUACCUCCUGCAGAUACACUUCCUGACACUUCUUUUACUUCAGCACUCCACACCAUGACCCACUAGCGCUGAUCCAACUGGAUGGACUCUUGGACCAAAAGAGGACAUUCAUGACCUUCAAGCUCAGGAAGAACUUCCCUGUUGGGGCCGUGUGAAACUCUCCAUCACCACUAGCACUAGCAUUAUUGCACUUAAGUACUUGAAUUACGAUAUGCUGCACAGACUGAACCUCCUUAAACUGUAUAUAUACAACUUAUUGUAAAUAUGUACCCGACACAUGUGUAUACAUAUAAUAGGUAUAAUAUUUGUAUAUUUACCGUUUAUCGUUGUACAUAAAAGUAGAUGACUUAUACUCUAGGCAAUAAUACUGUAUUUUUGCACUUCUGGUUAGAUGUCAGCUGUAUUUCAUUGCUACGUAUCUGCACAAUGACAAUAAAAGUCACA